AUGGACAAGAUUGCCGCGCUCUGCUUCGGCUUCUCGUCCGAGCAUGUCGGCGACUAUGCCUCCUACGAGAAAGCAGUAAACGAGCACCUGGGUCAACUUACCAAGUUGACUUCUGACUCUUCAAAACCACUCCGAUCGCAUGGACCCGAGCUAUUGAACCUGCUCGACCCUGCGACACACUCUCUAUCUUACUUGGCAAUUCUUCACGAUUUGUUCCUUCCCAGCCUACAAGGCGACAAGGCCUCAUUAUCCCAGAAGCUGGUGACUUUUCUGCUUUCGUUUGAUCCAAUUCAAAUCAGAUAUGCCGCUUCAAACAUGUCGCAACUUCUUGCCCUUGUUGCUAGUGGUCAAGCCUUGCCUCCCUCCGUGGCAGUUAAUGUGCUAGCAACCGCCAUCCUGCGAAUCGAUCCGACCGGCAGCAUGCUGACCUCACACCACAUCAAUCUCAUCAAACUUGCCUACAAUACUGACAACAUCGAACCCUCACUCAGCGUCAUAGACAAGAGCAUCGUAUUCUAUCCGGGUAUGGGCAACCACCAGAAGCCCAAGUAUUUGGCCGACCCCUCGUUGUCUCCAGCGACAUUCGUUACCGAGAGCCAGGGCUUCUCGACCGCUCUAAAGACGCCCUCACUCCUGGAGUAUGACUUGCUCCGUGGCAUGGCUUAUUGCUCACGUCGCGACUGGCCCAAGGCACUCAAUGCGCUCGAGAGAGUCAUUACCUACCCAACACGAGAUCAUGGCGUAAGCAAAAUUAUGACUGAUGCUUACAAAAAGUGGAUUCUCGUGAGUCUCUUGUGCCACGGUCGCUUGAUCCCACUGCCCAUCUCUGUUGGAUCAGCUGCGACCAAGGCCUAUAGUGUACUCGGAAAAUUAUAUAAAGAGCUGGCCACUGUCUUCGAGACAGAGAAUGCAGCCGAGCUGAAGGAAAAAUCAAACGCCAGCACGGAGGAGUGGCUAGCUGAUGGUAACACCGGCCUGGUGCGUGAGGUAUUAUCAGCAUACCAAGAAUGGCAGAUCAAGAAUCUCCAACAAAUCUACACCAAGAUUUCUGUCCGCGAGAUUCGCCAAUUCACUAAAAGCGCACAAACUGGCCAGAUCUUGGCAACCGAUGAAGAUGUCGAAGCUCUCAUCCAGAAUAUGAUUAUAUCGGGUAUGCUGAAGGGUGUUAUUGAGAAAAAUGAUGAUGGCACCGCCUAUUUGACGUUUUUGCCGGCAACCGCUGCUCUGUCUGAAGACCAGCUUGCUAGGGAGCUUGCUGACACUGCCUUACGACUCGAUGCUCUAAACCCCAUUUUCAAGGCCACCAAUGAGCGCUUGGGUACCAGCAAAGAGUAUAUUAAGCAACUCUCUAGGGAUCGCCAAAAGGGUGGACAGGAUAAGGAAGGAGACACCGCGAUGGACAUGCUCCAGAACUUUGACGAGGAGGAUCUCAUGGGAGAUGGCCCAACAUUGAACGACCUGUAG